AUGACAGAGAGCACAGCUGACACAGAACCCGACGUCUUCGUUGUCGAGCACCACCCGCGUACGGCGACGACCCCGGCCAUUGCCGUUAUUAGAAUUAAUCGGCCGAAGAAACUCGGAGCCUUGGAUUUUGCUUUGUACAUGAGACUUGGGUGUAUCUUGCGUGAGAUCGACGCCAGAGACGACGUCGACAUCACCGUCCUAACUGGCACUGGAAAAUUCUUCUCCGCCGGCGCCGACGUCAAAUCUAUCGCCGCCCGCCCUCCUCCCACAACUGAUCCCCGCAUCCACUGGCUCUCCUCGUUCUCCCUCGGCAACCAAGACUUGACACGUGCCUUCUAUACCCACCGCCACCUUCUCAUCGCAGCACUCAAUGGGCCUGCGAUAGGAUUGUCUGCGGCAUUGGUGGGGUGUUGUGAUUUGGUGUACGCGGUCGAGGGUGUGUGGUUAUUGACUCCGUUUACGAGUUUGGGACUCGUUGCUGAAGGUGGAGCGAGUUAUUCAUUCGUGAAGAGAAUGGGUGUCGGCAAAGCAACUGAAGCACUCCUACAAUCGAAGAAAAUGGGCGUGGGGGAAUUAUACGAGUGUGGCUUCGUUAACCGCAUAUUCCCUCCGCAAGGGUCGUCCGAGUUCAUGGAGACUGUGCUGGGGUACGUGAAAGACAGCUUCGAGGGUGUGAAUAUGGACAGUGUACGAAAGACCAAGAAAUUGAUUCGGACGCAUAUGGAGAGAGAUAUUGAGAGGGCGAAUGGGAUGGAGGUGCAGGGUGCUGUGGAGAGGUUCACGGCUGGGAUACCGCAGCGGGAGUUUGAGAGGUUGGCGCGGAAGGAGAAGAGGCAUAAGUUGUGA